AUGGCAGAAUCCGUUUCCAUCAUCGGCGCCAUCAGCGCGCUGGGCGGCAUUAUCGGCACGGCCGUGCAGGCGGCGAAGAGCCUGAUCGGCUUGAUCGAGCAACGGGAGGACUCAGACGUGAUACUACUCGAAGCUAUGCACGUAGCUGACGAUGUUAAAAGACGCGCGCAAGGGGCUCCGAGCGUAGCUCGGAAGCCUGGAGCCGGGCAAGGGCACCGGCGAAGUCUCAAUGUUCGGAUUGAGGCAGGGUCUGGAGUAGCAGGACCAACCCGGACAAGAAACGAUGCUUUCUCUAAAAGAUUCGCCGGUAAAAGACAAUGGAGAUUUGCUUCUCCGUGA